CACAUCCCAUCGUGCAAUGCUAACAGAGACUGAGUGAGAGAAAGAUGGGUGAGGAGCUGAUGUCAUUGCCUUGUCAACCUUACAGUAAUUGCCUUGUGACUAAGUCGCUGUGAGUUUGAAUUGGAGCGAGCCACGUUGCCCAGGUUACCCAGAUGGGAGGCUUGGGAUCAAGCAAAACAGGUGUUUCUGCAUAUGGAGCUCAUCAUUGAAGCCCUGCUGGGAAACUAAAGAUUUCCAUGGACAGAACGACAUAAAAAUGACUACUAUCAGGCAGCCAACCAUUAUUAGCAUGUAUGAAAUGGAAAAGUUUUAAUGCGCAGCAGAUUACAGGAAUAUAAUCUUGGUUGACUAAAAUGAACUAAAAUUGCGUAACUGCUGUACAGUCCCUUGGAAUUGCAUAAAGAAAUCCAGUACAGUCAUCGAUUCUCUUUUUAGGGAUUUGACUUUUGACAGGUGGUCAUUAACUUUGUUUAUGCUCCGACAAUGGAUGUGUCCUUGCUGCACGCUCCAGUGACUGAGUAUACCAAUCAGAGGACUUUGGCAUGCUUAGCUGUCAGAUCUGCCAACUCUCCCUCUACUAGCCUCACUUGCAGGCCAGGUGUUAGGAAGGACCGAGCUUCGUCCGGGAAGGCGUCCAAAGCUGAGGAAGUUAUAGAACGAGGCAAACAAACUGGAUUCAAUGGCUCAAGCAAGCGGGCCAGAUCGAUCGAUGGCCAAGAUCUCAGGGCAGGAUCCAUGUCUGAAUAUCAAGCAUGGACAGCAAGUGUCAAAGGAUGGAAUGAAAAUAAUGAAAUAUCAGGCAGCACAAUCUAUUCCAGUCUGACUCACAAUGACAAAAUAGACAAGAAAACCACAGGCUUUGGCAUCAACAGAAGUCACAACUAUAGCCCUGCAUUUGAGAGUUGGACUGGGACAGAAUGGAGGCGUAAUUUGCCUAGUAGAAGCAGGAGUGUUGACUGGAGGUCAGGGGCAAGCAGUCCUGACCGGCACGCACGGCGAUCCAACGUAGGUGUAUUGUUAUGUGAAGAAAUCAAAGAGAGGGUUAGGGAUACUGAAGACCUGAGAGGCAGGUCAGUGUCUUCAUUUAGGACCUACAACUCUGCAGGGGAUUCUCUAGGCAGCAGCAGGCCAAAACGUUCUUUGGACCAAACUUUGGAAACGAUCUAUAGGGGUAACUCCUGCCCUUUAAGGUUAAAGUCAGUCCCGGAACCGAUCAGUGACUCCAGAGAGACUGCUUCUUUUGGGACAAAAAGAGGCCAGGGUAUAUUGGAACGUAUAGAGAAGCUGUAUGGGCCGUCCAAAACUGAGGACUUCAGCAAAUCUAGGGAUUUCUCUUCCCUUGAAAGAGACUGGUUUGAUGGAAGGGGUGAAGUUACAGUGAACCAUUUUGGGGAAACAGGAGAUACCUUCCCCAGGUGUGGCUCAGCUGGUGAAGGAAGCAGUCAAAGUGCAGUGGACAGAAAUGGAUCAUUCACUGGGACAUGUCAAGACACCAAGACUGUAGGCUCUAAUACUUCACCCUGUCCAAGGACAAGGGCGAGAUUGCCAGAGGGACAAUGGGAAGAACGGAUCUAUGGGAGGUAUUCUGACCAAGGUGGAGUGACUGCAGGUGUAGGGUCCAUUGAGACAAUGUCUCUGGACCGAGCAAGGAGCAGGAACACAAGAGCUGGUCAGAUUAGAUUGGCCAGGGCUGCCCAGUCAAGCACUUUAUCAGAGAAGACGUCUUUCUUUGGACUAUCUGAGACUAACAGGAUAAAUGGGACACAGAGGGAAAUAAUUAAGCUCGAUAAGGGAAAGGUGACAGGAGAAAUUGAAUUAAAGGUUUAUGAAGAUGUGUUUGAGACAAAUCUGAACAUCAAAGUUAACUCUGCAGGAUGGAGGACACACCCAGAGACACAUUCCCCAUCAGUCAGUGUGAGAAACAAGAUCAAUCAGUUUGAGGCUCUGACACAGGGAUCACAGGGUUUUGGACGAAGCCAGAACAUGUUGGCUCGACGGGCCUUUUCUGUGCCCACGCGACUCAACACCGCCCAUGAUGGCUUGAAGAGUGAGUUGGAAAAAGCAAGUGGUGUUCUAGGUGACGAGUGUGUCGGGCUGAUAGAAUUAGGGGAGACAGGAAAGAAAGCUGGGGAGAAAGUAGAUCAACUAAAAAGUCCAACACACAGGUCUUUGUCAGUGGAUGAGAUUGGACAAAGGUUUAGGGGUGAUUUGACAAAAAAGGAAGGGACAAAUAUGGAUCGUCUUUACAAAAACACACAUACAGUAGAAUCACCCCUCAAAGAGAUUCCUCUACAUCAGAGAAACUUGUACAUAGAUGAACCAGACUCUUGUCAAGUCUCAAGUGAUAAUGACUGGAGAAGCAACAAUACAGAGUCCGCCAUGUUGUUCAGCUCAAGUGACCCUGAGCCACGCCCGUAUGAUGAGCUAUCUGAUAUACAGAAAGCAAAACCUCCUGUGAUUAUUUUAGCAGUUACUGAUGAUGAAAAGACUCCAACAAACACUCCAAACCACUCACCCCUCAGCUCUAUGGUCGCACUGCCAAAGAGUACCUUUCCACUUACACUGACUGAAAACAGCCAAACAGUCAAAACACCCGAAGGAGACCUUCCAACUCCUGUGCGCCCCCUCGCCGUCUGUUCCCACAGCAAGCUCUUUCCAGACAUCACUGACAGUGACUCAAAAGGGAAGAAACACGUGUUGGACUUGAAUGCUUGGGUCGCUGGCUGGAAAGCCUGGAGACAGGAUGAUGCAUUCCAGGAUGAUGAUGACGACAGUACACAGAAGGAUGACGAUUCAUACUACGAUUCAGAUUCUGGAGAGUCCUCGGUGACCAUCACCAGUAACAUGAGCCAGUCCGAUCGCAGGAGCUUCUCUCUCAGCCUUGCAGAAUUGUGUCACUUCAGUGGAGCUGACUCAGAGUCAGAGAAUGACACCGACGAGAGCCCAGCGACGGGUAGGAGGUCAGCUUCACUUAGCUCUGAAGUGUCAGCGCUGUCAUAUGUGUCUGUGCUGCCCAGCGAGGAGCUCGACAAGCUGCUGGAGGAUGUCAGAAGUCUGGGGGAUAGCAAUCUGCAGGAUGAUGUGGAGGUGGUUGUCCUCCACAAAGAGGUGGCUGUCGGCCUGGGCUUCAGUAUAGCAGGAGGCGUUGACCAGAACAAACCAAUCAUUGUCCAUAAGGUGUUCCCCACCGGUGUGGCAGCGCAUGAAGGCUCCAUCAGAGAAGGCGACCAGGUCCUGUCCAUCAACGGCACUGCACUGGGGGGCCACACACACUGGGAGGCUCUGAGGGUCCUGAGAAGGGCCAAGACUCGAGAGAUGGGAGUAGUGGUUCUGAGGAGGGGUGAUGUUAGCAGCAUCUCGAAGGGGAGCGAGGCCCAGACUGAGGAACCAAUACCGACUCAGACUUCAGAGACUGGUCAGUGUAUGCGUGUGCUUUUGGAGAAGAAAAGCAGAGAUCUGGGCUUCAGCCUGGAGGGAGGUGUCGGACUGGGGGUCAAACCACUCACCAUACAGAAGAUAUUCCAAGGGGGACCAGUGGACAAGAUUAGUCCUGGUGACGAAGUGAUGGAGAUUGAAGGCAUGAGCAUGGUGGGGAUGAGACGUCUGGAGGCCUGGACAUUGAUCCGAAGGCUUCCCUCUGGACCAGUCGAUGUGGUAAUACGUCGGCCCCGCAAAACCUCAGCGCCAUAAGGAUUACGGAAGCAAAUCUAAAACUGGACUGCUCUGAAAUAAUGCCGUUUGUAACCCCAUUUACUCCACAAUUAUCCUCAUAUUUUAUAACAAAGCUUUAUCAGAAGAAGCACCCACUUCUACCUCAAGGCCACAUGGCACCUGUAUGUGAACGAUUAUGUAAUAUACUGUGAACAGAUGCUAACAGCAUUUAAAGUUUAUGUUGCUUUUUAAUAAAGCCUAACGCAAUUGGAUGCCUUUUAUUUGUUUUUCCUGCAGAUGGCGGUAGACGGAUGUAUUAUAAUAUGAUACAGUGUUGUAGUGUCAUGAUAAAACAAGUAUGAAACGUAACUAAAUAAUACAAUAUCGUUAAUUAGACAAUUACAUAACAAACCCAAAGGAUAAAAUUGCCACCAAAAAUAUAAAAAUAACAAAAUCGUUUAAAGCGUGUUACCAAACAAGAAUUGCACACACGAGAAGAUAUGAUAAGACAAUACAUUAAUCGACAAUCCUCCAGAAAAUAAAAUAAAAUGUAAAUGAGCAAUAAGUUAAAAAAAAAAAAAAAAAAAAAAACACGGAAAUUCUUGGUAUGCUUUGUAUCUUAUCAGGGGUAUUUCUUUUUGCUGCAGCUUGUUCAAAUGUAUCAGCAACAACACGUUGCACACAGUGAUUACAGAGGCUUGCACAAUUCAUUUGGAGUCCAGAGUGCAGUGCACCAUACAGUGACAUCUGCACCCAUGGUGAUGACAAAAAAAUAAAUAAAUUCAUUCAUCAUGGCCUGAUUAAAUUGAUUUAAACUAUUAGUGUAUUGUUGUGGUAUUAACCUUAAGCUCAGAGUUCAAUGGAACUGGUCAAAUAAUCCAUUUCACUACCAACUAGGUUAUGUUUUGUUUGUUUGCGCGAUUCCACACAAAAAAACACUCAACCGAUUUCCUUUGGAACGCUUUGGCUUGGGCCAAAUGUGAACUUACUCAUCGUAAUGAAAACAUUCAGGGAUAUGCAUCAUAUGGGAAUCCAGAAGGGUGCGUUAUUAUAUUAUUAUUAUUAGUAGCAGUAGUAGUAGUAGAAGUGGUAAUUAAGAACAAUACUAGUCAUUAAUUUAUAUAAGGUAUACAUCAGUGAUUCCAAAACCUUUGUACCAAAUAUCAUAAAAAAUGAGACAUAGAGUUUUUAUUCCUUAAUAUACACACACACAUACACACACACACACACACACGCACACACUUUUCCUUUCGGCUUGUCCCUAUAGGGGUCGCCACAGCGCGUCAUCCUUUUCCAUGUAAGCCUAUCUCCUGCAUCCUCCUCUCCAACACCAACUGCCAUAAUCUCUUCCCUCACGACAUCCAUCAACCUUCUCUUUGGUCUUCCUCUCGCUCUCUUGCCUGGCAGCUCCAAACUCAUCAUCCUUCUACAAAUAUACUCACUAUUUCUCUUCUGGACGUGUCCAAACCAUCGAAGUC